GUUCAUUGUCGAUUGUUGUGCUGUACGAAAAACUCGAUUGGACAAAACGAAAUUAAGAGCGCGAAAAAAAAAAAGUUUGAGGUUAUGCCACCGAGAAUCAAAGUGAAUUCGUUCAUCAAUCAAGAUUCUUAUCAUCCCUUGUCUUAACAGACAAUUACGUAAAAAGAGCGGACGCAAAUUGAGUGUUUCACAAGAGAACAGGUUUUUCUUGAUUGUCUGCAUUCAUUUGCAUGUUGGACCGAUUGCCGAUUGGCAGCACGCUAAACGGGAGGUGUGAAAAAAAAAGAAAAACAGAAAGAAAAACAAAAACAAAACCACGGGUGAUACUGGAAAACAAAUGAAACAAGCCGUCCGUUCCUAAUGUGGCCAAAGUGUCAGCGAAAACAUUCAGGCCGAGGAACCGUGAUCGAUUCUCUUUCGUCCAAUAGACCUUCUCCAUCUUUUGACCGAGACAACUAAAACCUAAAAAAAAAAAAAACACACACAAAAUAAAAAAUUGAAAAGAAACUACCCACCCACCCACACAGGCCUGCCCCUCCCUGCUUUCUUCCUCCUACCUUUCGGCCCACUCCUCCCUAUUGGAAAGAGAGGGAACUGGGACAAGAGCCCGUGCGCCGUGCGUUCAGACGACCGAGCGCCGCUGACCGACUAGAGCGCACAGCUUACCACAGUCACGCCCGCUGCUACCGCAUUCAUUCAUUCACCAUUCGUCUACUACACUUGAAUCCAUGGAUCUCUCGGCGGCGUAGGAUGAAACUUUCCCUCUUUUCUCCUACAUUGAAAAAUCGAGACAAGGCGUAGGAAUCCGAGUGAAAACAGACUGCCAUUUCAAAGAAAAAAAAAGAAAAGACUCGCGGUGCAAACGCAGCUCUCAGUGGUGGACCAGACGCACUCACAGACUCAACACGCCUUCGCGACAUUCCAGUACAACAGAGUUUUUUUACGACGAAGGACCGGUCGCAACCAGUUAAAGAAGAUAGAAUAGAAGGGCCUGCAACAUCGUUUAGUGUCGUCCAGCCGAUUUCCUAAUACGUCGUUGUUGGUGUGCCUCUCUUUAUUAUUUAUUAUUAUUUUUUUUUUUUUGGCCUUUUCCUGUCCGCCGUGGUCCGUUCCCGCGUGUACAUUAAGUGCAGUGACAGUUUCGUGAGUGCCUCAACUGGUUGGUGAAUCCCCGUGCCAGACACCGCAUUUUUUCUUCUAUAGUUAAACGAUCUCACGAUCGCUCACGGUCGUCGUGUAGGUGGUCGGCGGUUUACAGAAACGAGAUAGCAUUUGAUUGGCCGCCAAAAACACAACCUCAACCUUUAUAAGGUCUAAACAGAAAGGUCGGCUGUGUCGAGCGAUCCAGUCAGCCUCCGAUUUCGAAGUUUCAUCAGCCGCCAUCAUGGAGACGAAGGAAUUAUCCAAUAUGGUCGAGUUUUACCGCGGCCGGAGCGUGUUCGUCACAGGUGGGACGGGGUUUCUCGGCAAAGUGCUAGUGGAGAAAUUGCUGCGAUCCUGCCCAGACCUCAAGGCCGUCUAUUUGCUCAUCCGACCCAAAAGAGGCCAAGAUGUCCGCACCCGGAUUGAGGAAUUCAACCAACACAUCGUUUUCGAGAAUUUACGGCGUGACCGGCCCCAAGUCAUGAACAAAGUAAUCCCCGUGGCCGGAGACGUGACCAUGCCCAGCUUAGGCAUCUCGCCUGAAGACUUGAAACUUCUAUGCGACGAUGUCUCGGUCGUUUUCAACUCGGCGGCAACAGUUCGUUUUGACGAAGAUUUGCGGACGGCCGUCGAGCUCAAUGUCAAAGGACCGCAGCGGCUCAUGAAUGUUUGCCAUCAAAUGAAACGCUUAGAGGCUCUCGUUCACGUCUCAACGGCUUAUAAUAACCUGGACAAGGAAAGUAUUGAGGAAGUUAUCUACCCGACGCCUAUUACGCCUCGAAAACUGCUUGAAAUCGUCGAUUGUCUGGACGAGGACAUGCUGACGAGCAUCACCAGCAAACUUGUAGGCAAAUGUCCCAAUACGUACGCCUACACCAAAGCCAUCGCCGAACAGUUGCUGCGCGAGGAGCACGGUGACAUUCCGCUGGCCAUCGUUAGACCGUCAACCGUGACGGCCGCCCUGAAGGAACCCAUGCCCGGUUGGAUUGAUAACAUCAACGGGCCAACUGGUAUAAUCGCGGGCGUAGGCAAAGGUUUCCUUCGAGUGGUACGAUCCCGACCGGACUUGGUUGGCGACAUGAUUCCGGUGGAAUUCCCCAUCCAUUUGAUGCUAGCCGUUGCUUGGUAUACGGCUACUCACAAAUCUAACGAAGUAAAAGUGUACAAUUGCUCAACUGGCGAUCAAAAUCCGCUUAGCUGGGGUGAAUUCCGCACCAUCGCGUUCGAUGCGUGGAUGGAAAAACCUGGCGGAGAUAUCAUGUGGUACCCCAGCAUCAGUUUCAUCAGCAGCGAGUGGAACUACACAAUCGCCGCUUACAUCUUUCACUACAUUCCGGCUUACAUAAUCGAUUUCCUCGCUCGAUUGCUAGGCAAACAGCCUAAAUUGGUUCGAUUCUACAGCAAAGCCGAUAGGGCUAUGGCGUGCCUUAAUUUUUACACGAUUCGACAGUGGCGAUUCAUCAGCGAUAAUGCUAUCCGCCUGCUGGACAAAAUGUCGGCUCAGGAUCGUGAGAUUUUCUACUUUGACGUGCGUCAAAUCAAUUGGCGGCAGUACAUUACCAACUACGUGGCGGGUACGAAAAAAUACAUUUUGAAGGAUAACACACCGGUAGAAGAAGCCAAAAUCAUCAUCAAAAGGUUUUAUUGGCUACAAAAGGCUACUCAAGCGAUCCUUUUGCUCGUCGCGUUCUUUGUCGGCUUGCGCUUGUUCACUUGGAUAUUUGGCGGCGCACUGCAGGCCACGUAGCCGCUCAUUGAUAUCAUUAAUCGCUUUUUUGUUUUGUUUUUGCAGACACCACAAUCGUGAUGGAUAACCAUCCAAUUAUCAUUUAUAUCAACGUUUUUUUUUUUCUCUUGUCAUUAUAACCUUCUUUACACACAGUAUAGAAAAGUAGUAUCUCUUCCAACACCCAUGAAGUACAGAAAGAUGAAGACAAAAAAUUUCAGAAAAUUCUCAACAAAAAAAUAGUGUUAAAAGGAAUGAGUAGUUGCAUUAUAUGCAAAUAAUAGUUUAAUUACAGAGCAAUGGAAACCAAUACGUGCAUGGAUAUGUGAUGACAUUGUAUGUAUGUGCUUCUUUUUUUUCAUGAAUGAUUUUGUUUUUAAUUCCCUCAGUUUUGCCUUAUAUGGACGGGAAAAACAAGAUAAACAACACACAAAAAAAAACAAACAUUGUCAAAGCCGAACGAGUUCUAUAUUUUGUUUGAUUUUGUUUUCUUUUGAAUUUCGGGCGGUUCUUUUAUGUCAAUGGUCGUCUGACUGCUAAGCGGUUAAUUCUCCCAUGUUACCCAUGCGCAACUUCCCCUUGAUUACACACUCCACGUUUAUUCCUCCUGCAGUUGCCCGUGUUCUUAAGCUGGUGGCUGCAUGCAAAAAAAAAAACCAUUACAAUAUCCAUAUUAUUUAGAAAUAUACAUCACAUCUGCUCAUUCCACAAUAAAACGACAACAUUGUUGUCUAGUACUGUACUCAAA